CGUCUUGGCUGCCAGGUUGGGUUCCAGUGGGCGCUGGCGGGGCUGGAAGGGGUAGCGCGUGGGACCGGGGCUGUCUGAGCUUGGUGAGCCGGGGGCCUGUGCUCCUCUACACAACCUGGGCUUUCUGGAGGGUCCUACCCCGGUCCCCUACCCCCCGGUCCCCAUCCCCCGGUCCCCAUCCCCCGUCCUCGGCUCUCUGCCCCUCCUUCUUUUCACUGUUCCCAGCGCUCGCACCUGUUCCCACCUGUCUCUGUCUCUGUCCCUAUUCUCUAUGCCUAGUCCUCCGACCCCUGUUCUCUGUCAUCAGCCCUCCUCACCAGGUUCUUUGACCCUAGCCGUCCGCCCCUUAUUCUCUGUCAUUAGCCCCCCGCCCCCGUUCUCUGUCCCUAGCCCUCUUCCCUGUUCUCUGUCCCCACACUCCCGUUCUCUGUCCCUAGCCCCCCUGCCUGUUCUCUGUCCCCCCGCCCCCGUUUUCUGUCCGUAGCCCUCCCUGCUUGCUAGGUAUAGCCACUUCUUGUGGCCAACUCCCCGCCCCCUGCCCGGGACCCGGCGGCAGGUGACCCGCGCUCUGGCUGUCCCAGUCCGAGCCCAUGCCCGGACCUCAGACAUAACUGCUCCUUCCCCCGAACAUGGAGACCCCGCCAGUGGCCAGCGGGGCCGUGUCCGUGUCUGUGUCCCCAGCCAUGGACCUUGUACUGGGCGCUUCAGCCUGUUGCCUAGCCUGUGUCUUCACCAACCCCCUGGAAGUCGUCAAGACACGGCUGCAGUUACAGGGCGAACUGCAGGCCAGGGGCACGUACGCUCGGCCCUACCGGGGGAUCCUGCAGGCUGUGGGCACCGUGGUCCAGGCGGACGGGCUCUGGGGGCUGCAGAAGGGGCUGGGAGCUGCCCUGCUCUACCAGGGCGUCAUGAAUGGCGUCCGAUUCUACUGCUACUCGCUGGCCCUGGAAGCCGGCUUCACCCACUACCACGGGGGCACCGUGGCCGCGGGGGCACUGGCCGGAGCGCUAGGAGCCUUCGUCGGAAGUCCGGCAUACCUGGUCAAAACACAGCUGCAGGCAAAGACAGAGGCUCCCCUGGCUGUUGGCCAUCAGCACCAGCACAAGACUGUCCUCAGUGCCCUGGAAACCAUCUGGCGCCAGCAAGGCAUCUCAGGUCUGUGGCGAGGGGUUAGCGGGGCCGUGCCUAGGGUCAUGGUAGGAUCAGCUGCCCAACUGGCCACCUUCGCUUCGGCCAAAACGUGGGUACAGGACCAUGAGUGGUUCCAGAAGGACAGCUGGCUUGUGGCCCUGGCUGGAGGCAUGAUCAGCAGUGUGGCAGUAGUCACUGUGAUGACGCCACUUGAUGUGGUCAGCACUCGCUUGUACAAUCAGCCCGUGGACCCAGUGGGAAAGGGUCAGCUGUACCAAGGGGUCGGAGACUGCUUGGUGAAGAUCAUCCAGGCAGAGGGUCCCCAGGCUCUCUACAAAGGCCUGGGCCCUAGCUAUCUGCGCCUGGGCCCCCACACUGUCCUCAGCCUGCUCUUCUGGGACGAACUCCGCAAGCUCAUCUACCGCUUCCAGCACCAGGGAGCCUAAAGCCCCCUCCUGGCCCUCUUCCAGCAGCACUGGGAGCCUGGAAUUCAGGAGCCUCUCUGCCUUAACAGGCUCUAUGUCCUCCCCACCCCAGUCUGCCCCAUCUUCAGGGCAGCGUUGGAAGGUCUCACGGGGGGGAACCGUGUUAGAAAUAGUGAGCCAGCAGGGACUCCCCAUGUAGAAUGGGAGUGAGCAACUGGCCUGUCAUGGACCAAAGGAAGGGAGGUUCUAGGUCAAGCCCUAUUUGGUCCUUAUUUGGGUCCAAUUGGCUCAGAUUGAAUGUACAUAGCAGUCAUUUCUGCUUUGGCCAGAAAACCUGAGCAUAUUCCUCUCCCAGAUUAAUUUACUUAAUUAUUUAGAUUUUUGAGGGGGAAACUAGACAAAAAAGGAGAUUCUUUGCCUCUGUUGCCACUUAGCCUUAAUCACUGAAUGGGCGCAGCCUCAGUCAAACUGAGACCUGUUGAAGGUCUUAGCUUACAAAGGCCAGGGUCUCCCAUUGCAUUCAGGGCCUUCUCCAAGAAUCUUGAUCUCUGUCUGGCCACUGGACCCAGAUGGCUCUGGAGGGGAAAGUGAGGCAGGUGACCUUCCACUAUCCCUCCCCCCUCCCCCUUCAAUGCAAUCCACUUCACCUCCUUGAUGUCAUGGUCCUCUUCAAGAAAGAAGGACAAACAAGAAGUCAUGGACCAAAGAAGGGAACAUACUAAGCCCAACUGACCCUUUCCUGUCAGGGGGACUGGAAGGGGCUAGCAAAUAUUCAGAGGCCACUGUUUCGAUUUCUGUUUCUGAGAGGGCCAGCUUCUUGUCCUUGGGUCCAUGGCCAAAGACCGCGCUCCCCUUAAAGUUCAGAAGAGUGUCCUGGAAAUAUAGUCUUUGAUUCCCACUGAUCCAGGGAAGUGUGGAUGCCUUAAUGUACCCCAUCUGCACUCCUGAGGAAACACCGACACGAGGCUCAGAAGUUGGAGAAGGGGUGUCCAAGAUGUUGCAUGGAUCACAGCCAGAAGGAAUCUUAGCGAUUAUCUUCUCUAACUUCCUCAGAUAACUGAGGCCCAGAGAGAUCACACAGGUAGUGGUAACAGAGUUGGGAUUUGAAACCAGAUCCUCAGACUAAUGCACUGCUACCUAUCCUCAUUAAAUACAAUGACUCCACGGGGCAGCUAGGUGGCUAUAGUGGAUAGAGCACCAGCCCUGAAGUCAGGAAGACCUGAGUUCAAAUUUGACCUCAGACACUUAACACUUCCUAGCUGUGUGACUCUGAGGAAGUCACUUAAUCCCAAAUGCCUCAGCAAAAAAAAAAAAAAAGUCAUAAUGAGUAUAAAAAACAAAAAUAUAAAAGUAUAAAAAUACAGUGACUCAAAGACAAAAAUGUUCUUUAAAAUACAGAAUAGUAGAAUUCAGAAUAUCCAGUUUAUAAUGUAGAUACAGCAUGAAAAACUUUGAAGUUGGAGUUAAAAAGACUGGGUUCAAAACUGAGCCGUAGACAUUUCCUGGCUGUACAAUCUUGGGCAAAUCACUUCUCCAACUAAUAGAUAUCUGAGGCUAGAUUUGAACUCAGGUCCUCCUCCAUGACUGGUACUCUAUUGUGCUGUGCUGCAGUGUGGGAGGAGGGAAGUUAACUUGCUUGGUUAACAAAAAUCAGCCAUGUACAAAAAAGCAAUAAAAAGUGUAAGAGUGUUUUUGAAAUGAAACCCUUUCCCUUACAUUGCCUCUUCCUAGUCUCCCACCAAUCCUGGGGAAUUUGGUUAAGGUCACUGUCACCAUCUCAUAGAUAUAGCAGUAUCUAUACUUGUCCAAGAAUACCCAGCAAGAAAGUAAUGAGUAAUAAUAACAGCAAAAAUAAUAACUAGCACUUUAAAGUUGAAAAGUGCUUUUGAAACAUUAUCUCAUUGGAUCCUCACAACAACCUCAGGUGAGUAGAUGUUGUUAUUAUUAUUACUUUCAUUUUGCAAUUGAGGAAACUGAGGCAAACAGGGUUAAGUGACUUUCCUAGGGUCUCAGAUCUUGUAAAUGCCUGAGGCUGGAUUUCAACUCAAUUCUUUUUGAUUUGACACCUAAUGAAGAUGGUCUAUAGGUGAACCUCCUUGGUCACAAUGACAAUUGGGGGGUUCAGGGGCUCCCCUAGAAAUUCUAUAAACACUCCAGGUACCCCCGCCCACUCUGAAUGAAUAAAGUUUUCUAUUUUUGCUUA